GUCAAAAGGACCUCAUUUGAAGGAGUGACGUGUACUUGAAAGACUAUUUAUAGACUUUUGAAACUUGAAGGACCAAUCGUGCAUAACUUAUAAAGUUGAAGGACUAUUCAUGAAUUUUUGAAACUUGAAGGACCAAUCAUGCACAACUGAUAAAGUUAAAGGACCUAUAGUGUUUGGUCUUUUAAAAAAUUGGGGUACCUUACCAAUGACUUGAAGAGAGGAGGAGAGAGAGGAGCUUCAAGCUUGGCUAAUUCUUUUCAAUGGCGGAGAAAGGAAAGCCGUUGAGGAUGAUGGCUGAGGCCUUCACAGACCUAUCAAAGUGCAUCGCUUCCCAGUCUGGUGAAGAAGCGCAGCAGAUCCAAGUGGGCGCAUUUUCUAGUGCCUGCUCUCAUGUCUCCCCUCUCUUCGCCUGCCUCGGCAUCGCCUUCAAGUUUGCCGAGCUCGAUUAUGUAGCCAAGGUUGAAGAUCUAGCGGAUGCAUCAAAGUCUGUUGCGACAUUAAGAGAAAUGAUAGACUUAGACAUCGAAGGAAAUUGUGUAAGAAAUGCUGGCAGUCAUACAAGGAAUCUGCUGAGGGUGAAGCGUGGGAUAGAUAUGGUUAAAGUUUUGUUUGACCACAUUUUGGCCUCUGGGUAUGUUCUGCUUUUAAGGUUAAAUGUGUCAGUGCUAAUCUCUCCAUAAAAAGGAAAGGAGAUAAGUGUGACAUCUAUUUAGGGCAUAUGAAAAAAGAAAAAUGUGAAUUUAAUUUGGAAACAAAGGGAGUAAUUUUACAUGAAAACCAAUGUUCCAAAUUUUGCUAGGCAGCCCGCCCGUCCUUGAGGUGUCUAGUCCUAUUUUGGAUUAUUCGGAAACAAUUACCGAAUUAUAUUCUGGUUGUUCCACUGUUUUGGACUUGUGGGAGGAAAGUCUCCAUCCUAUAACAUUACAACUUUUAUGAUGAAACCUCAAGUUUCAAAAUGAUAUCAAAGUCCCCAAUUACACAAACAAAUAAUUUGAUCAUAGUAAGCUUCAGAAGUUAGUACAUUGAACUUCAAGAUCGGUUUUACCUCAACAAACUAUCCGGUGGUGGCAUGUCAAGCCACCAUGCAGGCCUGCAUUUAUAUAAAAAUACAAAUCAACAUGUUAGGUCUUA